GUCAUCUAUAUAAGAAGCUCUUUCCAGCACACCUCUGUCACCCACGGGAGGAAAUACAUCUGUCUUCAGCCCAGAAACAAAGAUAGGCACAGCCAAGAUGAAGAUCCUGCUCUUUGUUGCUGCUGCUCUGGCUGUGGCCAGCUGUGCAAGCAUCUCACUGGAAGACCUCGAAUUUCACGCCUGGAAACUGAAGUUUGGAAGGACUUACAGAUCCCCAACAGAGGAGGCACAGCGGAAGCAAAUCUGGCUCAACAAUCGCAAACUGGUUCUGGUUCACAACAUCAUGGCAGAUGAGGGCAUCAAGUCCUACCGCCUUGGAAUGACCUACUUUGCUGACAUGGAAAACGAAGAGUACAGGCGUGUGAUUUCCAUGGGCUGCCUGCGUUCGUUCAACGCCUCCCUGCCUCGCCGUGGCUCUUCUUUCCUCAGCUUGUUCGACGCCAACGAUCUGCCCACAUCUGUUGACUGGAGGGACAAGGGAUACGUUACAGAUGUCAAGGAUCAGAAGGACUGCGGCUCCUGCUGGGCCUUCAGCACGACCGGUUCCCUGGAAGGUCAGACCUUCAGGAAGACCGGGAAGCUGGUGUCUCUGAGUGAGCAGCAGUUGGUUGACUGCUCUGGUGACUAUGGCAACAUGGGAUGCAACGGCGGCUUGAUGGACAACGCCUUCAAGUACAUCCAGGCUAAUGGUGGGAUAGACACAGAGGAUUCCUACCCUUAUGAGGCAGAGGAUGGACAGUGCCGCUACAACCCCAGCACCGUUGGAGCCACGUGCACCGGCUACGUUGACGUGAAUCAAGGCGAUGAAGACGCCCUGAAGGAGGCUGUGGCCACCAUCGGACCCAUUUCUGUUGGCAUUGAUGCCGGCCAUUCAUCAUUCCAGCUUUAUGAAUCAGGUGUGUAUGAUGAGCCUGACUGCAGCAGCACUGACCUGGAUCAUGGAGUCCUCGCUGUUGGUUACGGCACUAACAGUGGCCUUGACUACUGGCUGGUUAAAAACAGCUGGGGUCUUAGCUGGGGAGACAGCGGAUACAUCAAGAUGUCCAGGAACAAAAACAACCAGUGUGGAAUCGCCACUGCAGCCAGCUAUCCACUGGUCUGAACAGGUCCAGCACUUCUCAACAGAGGGAAAAAGUGACAUGUAAUUUGCUGUAAUUCCUUUUUAAGAGCAACUGAGUCAUGUGCUGAAAACUAAACAUGCUUCUCUGUUCUCUGCAACGGCUCUUUGCCUCAGUGCACUCGUAAUAAAAGUUGUUUAUGAGCAUUGUAAAUAAAUGUAAAGAAAUAAAAUCUGUCAUUGAAUGUAAA